UGCAAACGCUAUUUUGUCCCCAGCAGGUUUCCGUAGGAGUAAUAACAAAAAAGUGAGUCUGUAUCUAUUACCAUAUGAAUUAUUUAAACUAGACACACUAACUCGGCGAGGGGAUGUCUGUGGAGUUUAGGAUUAAGAAGACCGAGUGUGUGGAAGUCAGUGAGGUGAUUCUGGGUGAACCUUAUUGUGUGUCCGUGCUGAAACAUGGCUACUGCAUCAGCCAGGCUGAUGGCUCUGUUCGGGCAGACGGCAGCAUUACCUUACUAACAGGACCACAAACUAUACUGGUGGAUACGGGAGGGCCAUGGGACCGAGACUUUCUUCUCUCUAAACUGAAAGAAAGAGGAUUGUCACCUGCUGAUGUUAGUUUUGUGGUCGGUACACACGGUCACUCCGACCACGUGGGUAACUUAAACUUGUUUACAAGAGCAACAGUAGUCGUGGGAUGUGACGUCAGCCAGGGGGACAGAUACAUGCCGAACAUGCUGGCAGAGGGGUCACCCUACCCCAUCGACCCAUAUGUGUCCAUCAUCCCUACACCUGGCCAUACAGGACGUGAUGUCAGUGUUCUUGUUAAGGGAACAGUUGUGGGACAAGUUCUCGUGGCUGGGGACCUGUUUGAGUGUUGCACUGAUGAAGGCUCAUGGAGGGAGCUUAGCGAGAACCCAGAGGUGCAGGAUGUGAGUCGGCAGACUGCUUUAAAGACUGCCGAUGUGAUCAUUCCUGGACAUGGAGCACCGUUCAGGGUGUUCAGGGAUUCAGGAGACUGAGGACCAAAACAUCGGUCCAAAAUAAUGAAGUAUAGUUGGGCCUGGGGUGCAUAUCAUGUCUAAUCUUAGACAUUCAUUUGAAAGUCAUAGGAAUGAUAAAAAAAAGAUAAUAUGCAUUAUUGUACUGUCACUAUUGUAAUUUCACUAUUGUUUAAUUUUUGUUAUGCAGUGUUUCACUUCAUUUGUAAAACCUGGCAACCAUGCUUGCUUUGUUACCAGUCUGUUACCAUGGAUACUAAGGAGAUCCCCUACGCAUCACAAUAGUCCAACCAAAACAGCGCCUUACACAGCAGCAAAAUAAAAUUAUAUUUCUGUACAUACAUCUUUUAUGUUUUUAGAUAUUGAGCCUAAGAUAAAAACACAAUGUAAUUGUAUAUUAAUGCAUAUACUAUUAUUAUGUGAUUGUUCUCUAUUGCUAUUAAAAAUGUAUAUUCUUAGAAAA